ACGACAAGUCUGACAGCACCAAAAAUCAUAUCAAGGGAUGAUUUUCUGAAAAUUGCCCCCAAUCCCGAAGUCACAUUUUGCAUUAAUUAGGAGGCUGAUAUUUAUUUAACUUAAUUGAAUAUCAUUCCUGCAUCAUCUACGUAAAUCCUGCUCUUGUUCUGUCAGAGGGCAGCAAGAGGAAAAAGCUGGGCAGUUGAGGAUGCAAAGCCACCAAGAGGAAAAGAAAAAAAAAAGAAAAAAAAAAAAACAGAGCUUGGACUGUUUGUGGAUAAUCGACAAACGCUUCAGCCAAUGGCAGCUGAGCAGAGACUGCCCUCCCCCUCCUCUCCCCCCAGUCAUGCAGAGUGCUGGUCCCUCUGUGUGCUGUAGUACGUGGAAGAGAGGGAGAUCGAAUACUGCGUGAGGAGCCAGCCUCUCUCUGUGUGUGUGCCGUCAACUACUACUUGCACUGGAUUUAAAGCAUCUUCAGUACAGCCCGCCAGUGGGGAUGAAAAGCUAUCUAAACUGACAUUCAGGGAAAGGCAGAGAAAGAUAAAAAAGCAAAGUGGGCAGCUCUCUGAAGCCCUGGUGUGGGAAGAUACAAAAGAGCAUCUCUAAAACAAACGAGCCGAUCAGAAUCAGCACUGCUUAGGAAGCAUGUAUAAUUCAGUAUGUUUCAUCAUCCUGUCAUGGGUGUUUGCUGUGCUUGUGUUUCCAGGAGUUCCGGCCAGGAGCGGGGAUUCUAUAUUCAAGGACAACAUCACCGUCAGACAGGGGGACAGCGCCGUCCUAAAAUGCAAUGUGGACAGCAAAGUAUCACGUGUGGCAUGGCUCAAUCGCACCACCAUUCUAUUUGCAGGAAGUGAGAAGUGGUCCCUGGACCCUCGUGUCAUCCUGAUGGAAAACACAGCAGUCACAGAGUACAGCAUCAAGAUCCAAAAUGUUGACGUCCAUGACGAAGGGCCCUAUGUCUGCUCAAUCCUCACAAACAAGAAACCAAAAUCCACAAAAGUGCAUCUCAUUGUUCAAGUACCUGCCAGGAUCACUAACAUAUCGAAGAACAUCACAGUGAAUGAGGGCAGCAACAUCAAUCUUAUGUGUCUGGCGGUUGGACGACCCGAAGCUAACGUCAUGUGGAAGCAUCACUCACCAAGAGGCACCCAUAAAUUUCUAACAGAAGGGGAACAUGUGGAACUGGCAGCCAUCACCAAAGAGCAGUCAGGAGCGUAUGAAUGCAUUGCUUCUAAUGGAAUCUUAGAACCGGAUGUCAGGACAGUGCAAGUCACCGUAAACUAUCCUCCCUUCAUUUCUAAAGCGAGAAGUACGAGUACUCCAGUUGGACAAAAAGCAAUCCUGCAAUGUGAAGCCUCUGCUGUCCCGAGGGCAGAGUUUGAGUGGUACAAAGAUGACCGCAGGCUCUUCAAUGGACUAAAUGGGGUUAAGAUAGAGAAUCAAGGUAGACAGUCCAUGCUCGUCUUUUUCAAUGUCUCAGAAGAAGACUAUGGAAACUAUACCUGUGUCGCCAUGAAUACCAUGGGGACCACCAAUGCCAGCAUAAUUCUUUAUGGUCCUGGUGCGAUGCAUGAUGUGAACGGGGCUGCUGGGUUGCCACAGUGCUGCUCCAUAUGCCUCCUGCUGACUGUAACCUUAUUCUACCUGCUGAAGUUCUGAUGUGAAAUUUGACAACCUUCAAGCUUCCCUCAGUAUUGUACAGCCAGAACAGACUAUUAGUCCUAUAAGAAGAAUGGAAAACCAAGAGCACCAGUGGUCCACCCUUAGUUUUCUUUCUAUUUCUUUCUGGCUUUGCAUUGGAGUCUGUUCUCUGUUGGUUCGCCAAGAGUGAGAGGUGUGAAUCCAGGGAAGGGAAAAUUUUGAAUAAUGCACUAAUUUGAUGAUGGUAGAACUACUGAGUUUGUGUCUCCCCAAACCUUUUUGUAUGUGAAAAGGGAAAAAGAAAAAAAUACAUGUAACUAUUGAUAGUUGACUGUUUAUUGCCCAAUAUUGAAGUGUACAUUCAGAUUAUAAUUAUUGUGUCACGUCCUGUUCAAUAUCUGUAUAAUACCAUUAAGCUUUUUUUAAGUAAAUGACAAAAAAGGAAAAAAUGCAAUGUGAUUGUUGAAUUUUACUGUAUUUUUACAGUUGUAUGCAAAACAGAGGAACAGAUCCUUGAUGAUAAACAGAAUAAUAAAUAGUACACCAUGAUUUCUCAGGCAAAGUCCUACAGCAUAGUGCAUCCAAAUUUUUAUUUCCAUUGUAGUGUGUGUAGAAAAUGUACAAAUGUGUACAGACAAUUCCUGCACUGUUUUACAAAAUGCAUACAUUUAGCAAAUGGCAUUUUUGAAACACCUAAUUACAGUGUCAUAGCAGCUUCAUGGCAUGUCCACACUGAGUAGAAAAAAAAUCUGAAAUGAGCUUUAUGGUAUGUUAAGUGUAAUGUAGGACAGGGGUGCUGGUCAAAAUGCAACAUUUUUCUCAGAGUUAAAACUUGAAAGUACCGUUAACUUACUGUGCCGUUGUUGCUGAUGGCAUCAUUAACUUGUUAGUGGGGGAUCUCAUUACCAAUGGGUACUUCUUACUAAGUUCUGGUCUUAACUGGGGAAACAAAAUAUUUCGGUAAACAACUAUUUUCCAUAAACUGCUAAUAAUAUUUUUGGCUCUUAAAGUCUUGCUUUUAAUGUUGCUACUAGUAUGGUUAUUUUUCAACCUGGAAGCUAUUUUCCCAUAUUUUUGUGUCAAAAUUGCUUAUGAGGACAACAUUUAUUUAUUUUAUUUAUUUUUUUAAUUGACCAAAUAUUGAGUGAGAUCGCUACUAAACAGGCUGCAAUGUAAUUCCUGCAGCAAUUGUGUGCCGUCAAAGUGCUUGAUUUUGCCACUGACAGAUAAUUAGUCUAAGUAUCUGACAACAUUAUGGGAAGUGUCCCUACAAAGAUAGAAUGCUGGUCAAAUAAUAAGGUCCUUGUCUGAUAGCCAUUUUUGAAAUUUGCAUAAUAUAAAACUCCAGGGUAUAAUCUUUAAGUUUCUGUAGAAGCCACAUUUUUUAAAUUUUUUUAAUUUAUUUUUUAUUUGGAGUUUGUUUCUCUAUUGACCAUCAACUGAAAAACAGAUGGUACUUGAUGAUGAUAUGGUAAUCCUCUUUAAUAUCUCUUAAAAUGUAUAACCAUCAAGUGAGAGAAGAGAGCUUGCAAGUUUUAUUUUAUUUAUUAAGAGCAUAAUAGUUUGGGAUUUUUAAAUUUGUCUUUCACACUGUCCAGGCUGUUUCUUUUUCAUUCAUAUUAUAUUAAAAGUUUGUACAGUUAGAAUUAGCUUUAUCAAACACAGUAAACUCAAGAUCCAUUUUCCGUAAAGGUUAAGUUAACAAAGUAUGGCAAUGUAAAUCAAAAGUAUGUACAUUACUUCUCUACAAUAACAUGACUUAGAGAACAACAAAAACAGGGAUUGCAUUGAUUGAUUACUCACUUGUAUCUCAAGCAUAAAUGUACAGUCCAGUCUCCAGGAUAAAAUGUUGGCAGUUUAUGUGUCUGCAAACCACUGAUAGGUUCACACUUUUCGUGUCAUGCAUCUCCUAUUGCUAUUUUUACCAUAUGUGGCAAAUCACAUUCAGAUCACAUGUUUAUUACCUUAAUGUCAUAUCAGGGGAUAGUGGUUUGGUUACAGACAAGAAGGCUACCAAGCCACAAACUGCAGUUUAAGACUGCAUUUCAGCACUUGUAAGAGGGACACCACUGGAUAAUUUCUAAAUGACAAGGACAAUUUCCAGACACGACAGUUUUAAGCCAAAACAUGAUAUUUUCCUACCAGUGUUUUUGUACCUAACCAAAUCAUACGGUAGGUAGCGCUGGACCCAUUUCAACUAGUGGUAGUAGAGCCACCUCCGGCUGACCUCUUUAUGUCACCAGCAACAACAAACUCUGCCUCGGCAUUCGAGAAAGAUGGCGAAUGAAGAGCAGGACGAAGCUACAUCUUUGUACAUGUUGUAUAUGGCGUAGAUGAUAACUACACAAACUCGACUCCUCCUUGCGGUGAUUUUGGAGGAAAGACGCUGCAGCCGCCGUCCUUCUAUUUCCGGGUCAUGGCCCUGGGAAAAAAAUAUUGAGCCUGCGCAGAACGGAAAAUCCUAAUCCAAUCUGAUGGAACGUAUACAUGCAGGAGUAAUGCGACUAUCAAUCGAAUAAUCUAGGUGUUUUAAUUUGACUAUGAGAAAUCUGAUUCGGUCCAGACUAAGGUGUAUACAUGCAUCUUAAAAAUCUGAUCAUAGUCAGACUAACCCAGUAAUUCGGUUUUCUUGAGUAUCAUGUGAACGCACUGAUUGUUACAAUAUAAGAUAAAAAGAAUUAACCCAAAGAAACUUAAAGUCAAAAUAUGAAAAGAUGUAAAGUUUCAAUAUAACUUUGUUUCGUAGAAAAACACGUUGCCAACAUCUAUUCUUGUGACUGGGUUGUAUUUUAAUAUUUUCAUUCAUUUAAGAUGAAUAUAAACUGGGAUAUGUUCCUCUAAUUAGCAUCUUCACAUAUUCAUCAUGUAAAUUAACUUUACCAUCAAGGUUUAUGCAAACAUGCUCUGCCAGUCAACCAGAAAACAGGUGUGUUAUCAUGUUAAGCUUUUAAUUGUUUUAAUGUCAAGUGGCGGGGAAUCACGUCAAGUGAAAUACACCUGGGGAGGCCUGGGUGUUUUUGAUAUUUUCAGCAGAGCUGGCACACAGCUCAAGACAACCUCCAAGUGACAGAUGACACAAGCCAGAAUACUUCAUAAAUAAUAGGAAAAUAACGUCAAUUUAAAUGGAUGGUCGGUGUAGCUGCUAUGGGACUUUUUUUCAGGUGUUAUGAAUGUGUGAUUUUACCCUGGUUUGCCAAGAGACAAAUGGCAGACACUGCUCUUAAGACCACAGAGGUGAUUGUUGUGCUCUGUGGUUGGUUCGAUGCAUUUUCCUGGAAUAUUUUUGAGUCUGCCUGGGACAGAAAUUUCCCGUGAUGAGAAUAUACUUAAAGCACAAGUGAUUGAUGAUGUGAUGUUCUGCUAUUGUCCAGUUCACUCCUGUGCAUAUAUGAGUAAGAUGUUGAAGACAAAAGAACAGGGAUGAGAUUGAUGUAUGUGGGAAUGCUUUUGUUGUACUCACAUUUAAAAGUUAUGUGCUUGUAAUGAUGGUGAACCAGUCAGCUGCAGACCAUGUCAUAGGAUGGGAUUUCACACAGAAAACACUAACAGGUGAGAUUCCGAUGCCUGCAAGACUAAAGUUAAGGGUCAUUGUAACCCUUUAAAUCCCAGAUAGAUGAACAUGAUCAGUAUUGAUGUCAGUAAGCUUGAAUCAAUUUGUUUAAAAUCCCCAUUAAAAGAGAACUGAUAUGGGAUUUUUUUUUUUUGUUUGUUUUGUUUUGCGUGUAUUUUUUUAUGUUCAAAAGGAUUUUAGAUUUAUGCAUUAUAUCUAAUAUCUAUAAUCCUCCUUAAUGCAUAAUCCCCUGGGCAUUUUAAAGUUUGCAGUAUU